AUGCGAUUGCCAAGCGUGCGUUCAACAUUGAAGACUGCGGAUUGGAAGAACAUUUUUGCUUCUGCAGAAGACGACCUUCCCGUCCAGCUCAUCCGUGCCUUCAUCCGCCACGUUGUCGCUAAGUUGAGCCAGUCCAAGGUGGUGAAGACCAUCGUUAUUCUGGCAGACGAGGUAGCAGAAGCAGAAGAGCAGAUUGCUGCGGACGUCACCUCGAUUCUCCGCAAGGCCGUUCUAGACGAGAGCAUUCUUCCAGAACUUCAAGCCACUGUUGUGAUUUCUUCGUUGACCCUGUCUCCGCUCGGUGCAAUGCCUUCUGGGAGGCAUCCUGUCAUUUUGGAGCUUCCGGAGCGCUUGGAUGCGGAGAAGGUCGUGAAGUCUUGGUGGGCAAGAGAAGGGGCUACUUUUGAGUUUGCAGCGGCAGCCCUCUCAGACCUGCCUCGCUUGCUGGAGUUCGGGGCAGGCUUCCUCGAUGAAUUCCCGGACAGUGUGGCCCGCAAUCCGAGCAACGUCUCGGAACUCUUCGUGCAUGUGCGGGAGCAGCUUCAAGGACGCUACUUUCCACGACUCCCUUCGUUUGCAGAGCUUUAUCCGGCUGUCUUCGGCGAGGAAACUGAGAGGAAUGAGACGGCAAUGGCAUACAUUCUGGAGAGCAUUUUCGUGAAUGCCCUCAAGGAUGUCCGGAUGCCACGCUGUACUUCCAGGGUCACACCUGUUGUUUCACUUUUCAUGAUCAGCGCGGCUGCAAAAGCAAGCAGAAACCCUUCCAGCUUUGCCAAGCUUGUGGCUGAGUUCCCUGAGAACAUCGAGCUGAAAGAAGAAGGGAGACCUUUGGAGUGCUGUGCGAUGUGGUGGCUGAGGAUGCGCUUGGCUACCGCUGCUGGCAAGAAGGAUUUCCCUUUGGAGAAGCUGUUGGGCUUAGAGGGGGUCGACUUUGAGGAUGCUGAAGACAGGUGCAUGCUCAAGUUGGUGAAAAAGGUAAUCUUCCAUGUCCCAUCUGAUGACUUCAACCUCCGAAGGUCGUAUCGCAAGGGCAAACUUGCCAGCAGUCGCAAACAAAAUGCAGCAACCUUCUUGGAGCAACUCAACCAACUGGGCAAAGAGGCAGACGAAGUCUGGCUUUUGUGCGCAGCUGACCGUGAAGGGUGGGACAUCCUGCUGUCUGUGUAUGACACUCAGGACAGCAAAUGGUUUCUGGCUUUCAUUGAUUUAAAGGCUAGGCAGUCUUCUGAAGAUGCAGAUCAAGCCAGGUAUGUGCAGUCGCUGGCUUCCAGGGCUCAAAGCCGAGGUAGUGUUGCUCCAUCCAGCUUGCUAGAAGCUCUCAAGGAUAAGCGGUACUGUUUCUUAUACAUCACUACUGCAGAGGGCGCAAGCUCUGCGAAUGAACUUGCCAUCACGAUGAGGCGUGAUGAUACAGAGAGGUUUUUUGGACCUCUCUCCGCCAUUCACAGUGCAAUUCGUAAAGCCUUCACGAGCAGCUGA